CGCUCUCGGGCCGAGCGGCACAAUGAAGGCUCUAAAGAAAGACUCCCGCCUCAGAAUACCUUCAAGCAGAUUCUUGGAGGCCGCAGAGAGCUUGAAAGAAAAGAAGCGGGCAAAGGUACCUGAACAGCCCACACCACCUAUUCAGGAAGAACCUGAGCCUGUUAGCAAUGUCCUACAAGGAGAUGACAUACUUGCCUUAGCCAUUAAGAAGGAAGACUUGGAGAAGCAACACAUUCCUCGCUUUAUUGAAACAGGAGACAAACCUGUCAUUACCCAAAAAUUUAUCAUUCGUAAACUCAAACCCAAGGAUCCUAGGAGGAAGGUCCGCCACUUUGUAGCACAUCCUGCCACUCCAGAUGCAACCACAAAGCCACUGGACUACUCUGGUCCAGGUGACAAUUUCUAUGCCAGUGAGCAGAUCCUGCCCCACCACAUCUUGGGGAGUCUCCAGGACCUCAGGAGAAUUGCAGUUGCGCGAGGGAACCUGCAGCUGGCUGAGCUGAUACACACGCCGCCCUGUCUGAUGACCCUCACCUCAGCGACAGAAGAGCCUACGCAGAAAGCACCCAGAGAGGAGAAGGCAUGUCCCUGGGCUCCGCCUGCUCAGCACAACUUUAUGAAGAACUGGCAGCGCAACCUGGCCCUGUGGAAGAGGCAGCAGCAGGCGCUCAGCGAGUACUUGAAGAAGCCUGUUGGCGAGCUGCUGGUGCACGCGGGGGAGACCUACAGACGGAUCCAGGAGGAGCGGGAGCUCAUUGACCGGAUACUGCCCACGCAGCAUGAUGGGAAGUGCUCUGAGGAGACCAGCGGGUUCUGGAGUCGACUGGAAUACUUGGGAGAUGAAAUGACGGGUCUGGUAAUGACAAAGACAAAAGCUCAGCGUGGCAUCCUGGAGCCGAUCACUCGCAUCAGGAAGCCGCACUCCAUCCAGGAGGAGAUGGGAUUGCUGGCCCGGAAGGAUGCUUCAUACCGCUACACCUGGGACCGGAGUCUGUUUCUGACUUACCGACGCAAGGAGCUGCAGAGCAUCAUGGCAGAGCUGGAUUUUAGCCAGCAGGAUAUUGAUGGCCUGGAGGUGGUGGGCAGAGGGCAGCCUUUCUCAGCGGUGACAGUGGAAGACGUCUCAGUGCUUGAAAGGAGAGAGAGCAGUUCGUUGGGAGACACAGAGAACGUAAAUGCAUUGACAGAAUACGCUGGUGUCCCCAUGCCUAUUCUUGGCCCUUCUCUGCUGUUCUGUGGGAAGCCAGCCUGCUGGGUCAGAGGCAGUAACGCACAGGACGAGAAGCAGGUUGGAAUUGCUGUCCGCUUGACCUUUGAAACUCUAGAAGGGCAGAAAACAUCUUCGGAGCUGCCUGUGGUCAAUAAUGGCACAGUAGCCAUUUGGUAUGACUGGCGGCGGCAGUUGCAGCCGGACUCUUUCCAAGACCUGAAGAAAAACAGGACACAGCGGUUUUACUUCAAUAACCGGGAAGGUGUGAUUCUGCCUGGAGAAACAAAAAUCUUCACCUUCUUCUUCAAGUCUGUGAAUGCUGGCAUCUUCAGGGAAUUUUGGGAGUUUGGAACUCACCCCACCCUGCUGGGAGGUGCUGUCCUACAGGUCAACCUCCAUGCAAUCUCCCUGGCCCAGGACAUUUAUCUGGAUGAGAGGAAGUCACUGGAGAAAGAGCUGGCUUCCCAACAGGCAGUCACCAUCAUGCAGGGCACGCUGCAGGAGCUGCUGGAGGGCAUCCUGACCCCGGAGCGUGUGCAGUCCCCUGUGGACUCCUGUCUCACGGAGGAGGACCUGUUCCACCACAGGAAUCCUCAGCUGCAUUACCAGUACCAAGUGGUACAAAGCCUGCAUAGACUGUGGAACCAGUAUAUGACCCCGGCCUUGAAGGCCAGGGAGGUCAGGCCGGGCGAGGAGGAGCACCUGGACCCCAGGUCCUGGAUCCAGUCAGGCCAUUUAGAGAAGGCCCCAGCCUUGGAAUCCCAAGUGUCCUGGCCGGAGGAUGUGGUCCUCAGGGACUCCCAAGAUUCUUUCAAGACCCAGAAGGGCAAAAUAGGGGCCAAGGUUUCUCAGCGGAAGAGCAUCAUGGAGGAGCUCCUGGUGGAGGGGAGCCAGGACCCGGAGAGGGCCAAGAGCCCCAGGGAUCUGGAGGGCCUUCCGCUGAAGUGGAACCUUUGCCUGGAGGACUUCAGAAAGGCAGCGAUGACACUCCCUGAGGAGAACCAGAGAGAAGACGACCUAAUCAGGCUCAACAAAGCAGCCCUGGAGCUGUGCCAGGAGCAGAGGCCACUGCAGUCUGACUUCCUGUACCAGAUGUGUUUGCAGCUGUGGCGGGAUGUGAUUGACAGCAUGGUGAGCCACUCCCUGUGGCUGAGGUCUCUGCUGGGCCUGCCUGAGAAGGAGACCAUCUAUUUGAACAUGCCAGAAGAGCAAGAUCGAAAAUCACCUUCCGUCACAGAAACGAAGCUGACUUCCGGGAGAGUUGGGAAGGAGGAUCGGAGAGCCGCAGCCCAGGAAAAGAAGCAGUUGGGAAUCAAAGACAAAGAAGAUAAAAAAGGAGCCAAGAUGCUAGGGAAAGAGGACCGUUUAAACAGCAGGAAGCACAAGACAAAGGAUGACAAGAAGCCUAUGAAAUCUUCAAGUCGGGACAGGCUUUCCUUGGAAGACCCUACCCCUGACAGCACCACCCCUUCUCAGGAGCCCAUAGACCCCCUGGUCAAGGAGAAAUACACCCAGAGGCUGCAAACUAAGGUCUAUGAGCUGCUGGACACCCUGGUGACUGACCUGAUGGUUCUGGCUGACGAGCUCAGCCCCAUCAAGAAUGUUUAGAAGCCUUUGCAUCUUUGCACUUGACCCGUGUGUCCGAGCAGCC